CUCACAAGUUGCUUCGAAUUCUUGGUUAAAAUCCGUUCUGCGACCUUUGCUUGACUCUCUGUUACUCACAGCUCUCAUUUCCUAUAUACUGCGGUCCAAAAACUCCUCGAUCUGCCCGCGAGGCAAGCUCGAAUUGAUAACUUUGUUCGAAUAGCAUCUACCAUCCAUGGUAGGACUCACACUGUAUGACGUUCUUGCGAUUCCAACUACCGCCUCUACGGAUGAUGUGAGGAGGGCAUACAAACAGAAAGCUCUUGAAACGCACCCUGACAAGCUUGAACCCAACGUGACGGAGCAAGAGCGCCGCGCUGGAGAGGGAAGGUUUAGAAAUGUAUGCGAGGCAUUUGAGGUGCUUAGUGAUCCAGUAAAAAGGAAGGCCUACGACGACCGCAUCCAGCUUGCUGAGAGGAACAAGAAACAUUGGGAUGAGCAGCAUGAUAGGCGCGUCAAGACGCGCGAAGAGUGGGCACGUCAAGUCAAGGAACGCAGCGAGGCUCGUAUGAAAGAACGUGCAGAUUUCUAUGAGAAUAUCAAGCGUAUAAAAGAAGAAAAGGAGCGAUACAUGGAAAUGGUUGAGCUAUUCUAUCAGGAAUUGCGCGACUGUCACCCAGAGUGGGAAUUGAGGAGGCAGGCCGCACUACAGUGGAAAGAGAUGGCGGACAAAGGCCAAAUACCACAACGACACACGACUCACAUCUAGCGAGGCGAACUCAACGGAUAGUUUGUUCGUUUUAGAAGCUAUGUUGCUUUAUUUAUCUCCCAGCGCUGGAGUUUUUAUUCGCGAUACUGUUGUACUUCUAUACUUUGCUUCCUUUUGCGAUCCCUUCAAGUCG